AUGAAUUCUUCUAACUCUCUUGUUCAUGUUGAUCUCUUCCGCAACAAUCUCAACUCUUCAAUUUUCCAAUGGUUGUCCGGUACUCAUACCAACCUUGUUUAUCUUGAUCUCUCUCGGAACAAUUUCAGAGGUUCCUCAAUUCCUGCAUCUUUUGGAAACAUGAGCUCUCUUGAAUAUCUUAUUCUCCGUGGUAGCAAACUUGAAGGAGGGAUCCCGAAUUCCUUUGCCAAGCUAUGUAGAAUGCGACGCUUGGAGCUUAGUGGACAACUUACAAACUUUGUUGAAAUAUUGUCGGAAUGCGUUCAAAACACAUUAGAGCAUUUGGAUAUCUCUUACAAUAAGGACAUUGUGGGUUCAUUGCCUGAUCUUACGAACUUCUUAUCAUUGAAACACUUGGACUUCUCGGGCAAUAACUUAAGUGGAAGAAUACCUGAAAGUAUUGGACAGAUGUCCAAGCUGGAGACUAUUUGGUUUGGAGGGAAUUCUUUGGAAGGAAGAUGGUCAGGAAAAAUUCCAAUAGGCACCCAGCUCCAAAGCUUUGGUCCAUCUUCUUAUGGUGGAAAUCCUCUACUUUGUGGACUGCCACUCCUAAGGACAUGCGAUGAGGACAAAGAAGGUCCAAGACAAACUGUGUUGGUGAAUCAAGACGAUCAAGAUGGGCUCAUAACGCAAGGAUUUUACAUCAGCUUGGGGCUUGGGUUUGCUGUUGGAUUUUGGGGAGUUUUUGGCACUCUUCUAUUCAACAGAUUGGUUGUACGUGAAGGUAGAAAUCAUCAGGCAAAGGGUGCUUAA